AUGAACUCAACUUCACAAUCACUUGAAGAGAACACAACAAAUGUCAUCACAAUUAAUGACACCACUGAACUCGCAUCUCAGAAAUCAAUCCUCGAAGAAAUACAGAAACAGCUCGCUUUGCUUCCUACAAUCAUGGAAAGGAUCAGCAACUUCGAGAGCACACUCCUUACCAUCAAGAAGAAACAAGCCGAGAUUGAAGAGAAGGUCAACAAGCACUCAAAUGCAAAGAACACACCAGCAUUAAGUUCCAAAGAAUUAACUCAGAAAGUGCUGAGAUCAGAAGCUCUUGUGAAUCAUAUCAAAGGAAUCGCCACAACGGCAAUCACUCCACUUAGGAAUGAUAUCACUCAAGCCAGAACAGAUUCUGAAAACAACAUUGAUAGAGCAGCCACCAAAUUCCAGAAUGCUGUAGAUCAUCUUGAUCUCACUUUGGAUGACUCAUUAGAGAAAGUUGAGAAGAACAUCAACCAGCUCAAAGAUGAAAUGAUUCAAAAAAUACAAAAUGUUAACACAACAUUGAAUGAUCAAAAGAAAAGUAAUGAUUCAUUCACGGUUUCUGUUCAGAGUGUUUCAGUAAAACUUGACAUGGUGGAUAAAGAGAACACUAACAAAAUCAGUGAAACUCUUAACCAGACAACAAGUCAACUCUAUGCCAACCAACAACUCCUAAAUGAAAAGAUUGGACAGUUGGGCAGUUUAUAA